GUGAAGGUCGUCAGUGAUGCCGCCCUAUGUGAAUAUUGUUGAUUUACCUGUUCAGCUAGUUGAGCAAGUUUUCAAGUAUUUAAGAUACGAAGAAGUUUCCAAACUGAGAGAGAUUUUUUGACUUUGUAUGCCGUGGCAUUCUCAACAAAGGAUUUAAGACUAUUGAGAGAAUGGUUGUAUCCUAUCAUUCAGAACUUCGUUCGCUGUUGCCACGACGUGAAUCUGAGCGUCGAAAUCACUUGCUUAACAGACACUGUGAAACUCUGUCUGCCAUCGAGACACGUCUGUCUCUUUUGAAAAUGAGUAUCAUGCGCUAUGCAGACAAAGAUCGCUGUUGUUUUUUCCCUGGAAAGGUUCUUGAUGAAAUGGAAGGUGUCUGUCGGUUCAUACGAUUGAAUCAAGGUGUUCCGAUAAGACCAUAUGAUAUACUGCAUGAACUUCGAGAUAUAUCUUCUAUGGCGAUGGAGCAUUUUGAAGAAAACAUCCUUCCAUCUCUGCAUCUGAAGUCAGAUCUUGGUAAGAAGGCUUUCUUUUUUAGAGCUAUGUGUUAUUGCUAUGGUUCGAUAGGUUAGUCGUAUCGUCACUUGCUGUUAAUUUUCUUAAUAUCUACAUUUUAAAAUAUCGUCACUACGAUUCCCUGGACUUGGUUUUUCGGCAAGACUCUGAUUUAUGGACGACCUUUGAACGAAUCUUAAGUGACUUUGUGAGAUAUCAGCCAAUCAGCAAACAGUCAGUAUGGAGUAAAAAUGUAUUAUACAAAACCAAGGAAAUAAAGUGGAUACACUUCUUAUACGUGGUUCAAAAACUUUUCAAGGUUAGUAAGGGGUUCAUAGGUUCUAAAAUCGUAAUGCAUGCGGUAGAGGAAAUCAUCCAUAUGGCUACAAAAUAGUCGGCCUCUGGAGUCGUGAUGAGGUCGAAAAACUCUUAGCCUCGACCACAUAGAUCCAAUAUUGCUUAUGUGCACCCCGGUUGUUGAGAACACAAAAUGCCACUCGUGGAUAACGACACGAUGCACAUAGCCAAGCCCAGUUAGGAGUCUGUACUCUUUACAAACAUCCGUAUAUAUUGUAGUACUGUGGUGUGUGCUAUUUAUGUUGUCCCCCACUUGUGUUCUUGUUCACUACAUUUGGUGUCGCUGCCAACCAGGGGGGGUGUUGUUCUGCGAACGCCAUUGCGGGCAUAGAGCUGAGGUGCUAGUUGGAGCAGUCUGGUGCGGAAAGGUGGCGUCGAGUGGGGUGCUCUGGCGAGGUGGCGUUGGCUGUAGCGGGUACUGUCGACGAAGAGUAGCGGUGGGACAUGCAGCUGCUGGGCGGACGUCGGAUGUAGAUGGCUCAUCAGGCCAGUGGGGCGCGGGUGUUAAGCGCCCCAGGUGCCGGGGUGAUAUCGGAUGUGGUUGCCCCGGCAGGCCGACGGACCUGUAGAGGUCAGCGCGCCGCGGACUCGACAUUUUGACGGAGGGCGUAGCACAGACUGAAGAGACGAAGAAUGUGACGCGGCGAGCAUGAACCACCGCAAGAACGACUGCUUCAAAGGGGGGACGAGUGUGGUGUGUGCUACUUGUAUUGACAUAAGUAUUAUAUGAUGUUAGUCGUGAACAGAAAGUCUGGCAGCAAAGAGACAAGAGGAUCGAAUAGUAAAGAAUGGAAACAGGAUGCAAUUUGUAUGAAAAUUCAAGAACAAUGAAGUCUGAGUCAUUUAGAGGCAAUUGGUGGACAUUUUGCUAAUUAAGCAUUUACUUUAUGAUUGUUAGAUUUUAUUAACAAGUCCUGUAAUUUUUUGUUAAAAAGAUUCGAUCGUCCCUACCCGUGUUCUGUUCACUACAGUACCUGGUUUCAGCCAGUAUUACUGGUGCUUUUAUUAUCCAGUUCGCGAUAAUUUUCGUAAUUUGCCUUAGUUAGGGAUUAUAUAUAGGGUUUUCAUCACGAACUGACAUCAGCUAUAAUGCCAGAAGUUUAUUUAGUCAAAUGCAUGAAAGGCUUUUGCGUUAAAAUCCGAGAUCUAUUAUCUUAUACCUGUGUGAUUCGUCCACAAAUUAUAGACUCGCUGUUUUAUUUGUUAUAGCCGCUCAAUUAUCACGUUUUGUACAAAAUUCCCUGUGAACCGAUCGUACGUUGGCAUUAAGCACUGAAGUUGGCGCUGUAACCUUGAAAUCUCUAAACCGCUUCUGAGUGGCUCGUCCAUAAAUUGGAGUCUCGCUGGUUGUCUAGUUUUCAGAAUGACAUUUAUAGUAAAAAAGAAUAUGUACAACUAAUCGCACUCCUGUAAUUAUUAGUGAAACAACCAAUAUGAUGUUAUUUAGAAGCCAAGUGUUGUAUAUUGUGUGUUUUUAAUAUAAAUACGUAAACGACUGUUGUGUGUGGGUUAGUCAAAGUUUUGAGUUACCGUUAUGGUUAGUGAUGAUUUUGCACAAAAGCAGUCGAACUGGUAUUGUAAAUGUUGGCCAAUAUCUGAUUCUCGAAGUCCGCUGUUUUAUGAGGAUUGUCCCCAUAGAUAUUUCAUGUGGACAUCAAGUUCCACGUCCAUAUCCCGUACAGUUGUAAAAAAAUGUGUAGUACUAAGUGGUAAAAACUCGGGUACGGCACUUUUUUCGUAUUCGGUAAAGGAAAAGAAUGGAUUCAUAUUCGAUUAAGUCAUAGUUACAGUCAAGUCUAAAAUUGGACUCGUAGUAGCAAUAAAACUGAAGGUCAGUGAACCACUGUUUCAUCAAUUGAUCUGAGCGUUAACACGUUCUUUUUUCAUACAUUACUUAUUUAGACAAAUUGAUUUUAUGAAAGUACAAUAUCUGUCAUUUAAGUAAUUUUAAUGCCUAAUUGGCACUAGGUAACUCGUGGCUACCAUCUGAAUUAUCAAGCCCUUCCAUUAGUCAAGCUCGAGGUCCUAUACCAUUAGAUGAGCUCCGCGCAGUUUCAACUUUCAAACGGCAUCAACUAAACCAGUUAGCCCAACAUUCAUGUCAACUCGCUAAUACGGUGAGUUCCUUUAUAUUUCUACUAGAAUUUAUCUACACUCAAUGGCUAAUCAUUGAUUUCGAAUAUACAGGAUUUUCGUUGUCUCUGUUUCAUAGAUCUCUAUGAUUAUAAACAAAAUUUUGUUUAUUCCUCUGUUAUUUUUGGAACCACUCAUAAUCACAACGUUAUUUAACUAGCGUUAUUUUGUCUCAUUUAUUUAUUUAUUUAAACACGUAAACAUUGGUACAAAGAGGCACCAAAUAUAUAUACAACACACUUCGUUAUUCGAUGUGUGAGGAAUGGAAUACCCUCACAGGAUUUAUGUACUUCUGAGGUACACCUUUCAAUGACAGACACUGCCACAGAACCGCCCGGUCUACAGAGUCAAAUGCUGCUUCUAAAUUAAGAAAAAACUAUCAUUGUCUGACGCCCAUAAGUAUGCCUGUGUUCUAGAACCUGACGAAUGGUGAAUAUGUGGUCGAUGCAGCCACGACCAGGUCUGAAGCCAGCCUGAUUUUCUCGUGUUUGCAGUUCACGAGUCUUAGUUAGGUGCCCGAUAAUUAUUGAGGCUAGUAUUUUAGGUGCUAUAUUAGUCAAACUAAUCCCUCUAUGGUUGACACAGGAUGAUUUUGACCCCUUCUUAUAUUUCGCGACAAUGAGUGAUUGUGACCAGUCAGAUGGGAUAACAUCCUACUCCCAGAUUUUAGCUAAAAUAUUAGUCAAAUUAAUCGCUUAAACUGAACCACCAUCCUUAAACACCUCUGGAGCCAAUCCAUCUGGGUCAGCUGCUCUUCCUCGUUUCAUAUUAACUAUAGCCUUUUGAACGUCAGCCAGAUUCUAAGGACCUACUUCAAUGUUUCAUUCACACUGUCUGGGAAUGGAGGGUAGUUGUAGAGUAGCUGAAGACCAGCUGAACUGCCCUUCAAAGUGUUCCGCCCAUCGUUCUAAACGUCUGGACUAGGAACAGAUAAGAGUGUCGUAUUUUUCUGAGAUAGCCUUACUUACACUUGAACUUUAGGUUCCAGUUUAUUUUAUUAGUCUGUAGAGCUGUUUUGUGUUCACUUUAGCCGCCGCCGUUCCCAUCUCUUUUGAUUUCGAUGCCCACCACUGCUCACUGUCGUUCCUUAGACUUUUGCUUAACCUAGAACUGAUUCGCUUUCGCUCAUCAUCGUGUUCAGAGCCUCUGCCAGGGGAGUCCUACUCACUGCCUUCUCGUGGCGGGGGUGUUGUUUACGAAAAUGAGAGGACGAAAAGCGAAUGUCCGGCGCUUUAACCGGAUCCCAUACCAAUGGUGCACAUGGGCUCCAGUAUCGUGCGGGAACAAAUGGCGUAUGAACCAAUCGUUGGUCACCGGCUUCCAUGGGACUGCAUCUCCUCACGAUGCUCCACUGCUUUGUGGAUCAGACCUUCAGGUCGAAGGCUCGGGGAGUGGCUCCCAAGAAAACCACGUGCUUCGGUCUGGGCACCCGGGCAGUAUCACAGCCCUCACACAUAUCGAAUGAGAUUUGUGUGGCGCAUAUGUAUUUGGUGCCUCCUUGUACCAAUAUUUGUGUGUUAAAAUAAAAUAAUGUUCAGAGCCUGGUGGGAUGAGUUUACGAGAAUCCACCAGUGCAAUAGACCUUGAAGAAAUCAAUUGGUUCUUUGUAACCCUGUAGUUUAAAUCACUAAUAGAUAUCACUGCUGUUUCCACAGCUGUUUGUAUAUCUUUCCAAGCAACAUCUGGGUCAGCCUCGUUUUCAGGACUAACUAAGUGUGACCUCAGUUUUUCCUAGAAUCUAUUUUCGGCUUUCUCACCACUUAAUUCAAUUCUAAUGGGUCUUCUUAAAGUGGCUUUCCUGUGUGCAGUUCGGUGCAAACAGACACGUGCCCGUAUAAGAGCAUGAUCGGAGUCCAAACAGGUAUUCCAGAACGAGCGACAAUCUUCUAUCGACCCUCUCCAACGAUGACUGAUGGCAAUGUGAUCUAUUUGAGUCCAUCGUUGGUUUGGUGUAGGGGGUUGCCAUGUUAGACGAUGUCUCUCCUUAUGCUUAAAAUUUGUGUUUGCUGAAAAUAAAUGAUUGUCUGAGCACAGUUGCACAGACGAUCACCAUUAUCUGUUCGCUGGAAUACCAAAAUACCCACAUAAACGUGUUUCUUUUUGGUUUAAGCUACCUACUUGGGCAUUAAAGUCACUUGCUACAAGUACUAUGUCUGAGCGUUUAGCUUUCUGAAGAAGUUCAGAAAGCUUUCUGUAAAAGUUAUCUUCAACUUUAUCCGAGCUACAGUCAGUGGGAGCGUAGGAGAAACGACGAAAAGGUAACGACGUAUGUCGCUGGUUAUCCAUGGUGAUACUUGGGGAGGUAGCCAGUAGAGGAAGUUCAGAGUUGAAAGUCGAUAUAGGAUGAAUAGUAGGAAGUGAAGAGAGAGUUUGAUUAUGGAUACAGUGGUCUUGAGUGGUGUUAGAAGUGAGAGUGGUUAUCACUUCCUGUUUGCCCACAACACGGAAGGGUUCUUCUGGAGGUACCUGGAAAGGGAAUUGGACUAGAGGUGGUCUCAGUGACCUGAGCGCGUGACCGCUGUUCCCAAGGGACAACUACUUGAGGUCGGUCACACAUGGCCUUUUUGUGAGUAAUUUUCUUGUUAGCUCCGUACUUGUUGAGACAUUACCGCCAGAGACGGAUAUCCACAGGAUAAGGCGAGGUGUGCAUUUAUGGGGUCGAACUUUUCUAACUCCACCCCUCCUUGUGGGAAGGCAGCAUCGCUGUCAUGCUGGUUGUCUGAAGGAAGCACCUUACUACCGUCACAUCUCUGUACAGUCAACAGUUUGACUUCACCCUCAGAUCUUGGGUUUGCGCUGCUUUUAGUUUUACUGUUCUUCAACUGACCUGUCUGGCAUAGUAGGAUCUCGAGGAACGAUUGUUCCAGCCAGUGUGGCUCGAUUGGUUCAUAACGAUGGGCAAGCCCGACCACUACGUCAGGGUAGCAACAACGGUCGGGGCCACUCCACGAGCUUUUGACCUACAGGUAUAAUCCAAAAGGCAGUGGAGCAACGGAAUGAAAUUAAAUCCCAUGGUAGCCGGUGACCAACAACAGGUUCAUACGCCUUUCGUUCCCUCGGGACACUGGAGCCCAUGUGCACCAUUGGUUUGGAAUCAAAGUUUUACAAUUUUUCUAGGUGGGUCCUUCAUAUUCACCAACCCAGAUAACGCACCGGAUAUUCGCUCUCUGUUCUCUCAAUUUCGUAAACAACACCCCGCCGUGAGAAGACAGUGAGUAGGACUUCUCCAUAAUACAUCAUAACAAGGUGAGAUUACCUAGGUGAAUAUAAAUGGAAUCGAAAUAAUAAUAGUAUUUAUGAUAAAUAAACAUCAAAUUGUUGUUUUAUAAGGAAAUAUGUCUCAAUCAUUGUUGAGGUUUAGGAUCUAAAAUACAAGAAGUGAGUGGGUGUGCACCACUAAGACCGAAUCUAAUCAGUGUCAUCCAAUAUCUCCAAACCCUGAUCGUGAUUGUCACUCGGAACCUACUAAGUAGUCUAUCAAUAAAUGUUACCCAAUGUACUAAUCCUAUUUCUUGGUUCGGCUUCUCUUAUCACAUCCCUUAUAGACUCAAGUGUCAUCCGUAAAACAUCUAUAUUAUUUUUCAUGCUAAUACUGUUCGGAACUUGCUUGUUUCCUCCAGAUGAUUAUCCAUUUUGACCAAUAUAUCUGGUUCCAAAUAGGAUUAAACGCGCGUCCUGGACCCCACUGCCACCCGCCGUCCGUCUCUUCUGACAAUAUAUUUAGUGUUCGGUCACAAUAAUUUUAGAAUAAAUAAUCCUAGAGUUGUCAUUUUUUCAGAAACAAUUUUUGCGCAUAUUCUGUCCUCUAGUGCAUGUAAUUUGAAGAUCAAAUAUUCAGGCAAAACAUAAUACGAUAAUACGAUUAAUAUUAUCGUUAUGAUUAUUAUAUAAUCACAAUCAUCACAACCAUCUAAGCAUGAAUGCUCUACUGUGUAUAUUGUGAGGAAUAGUUGUUCUUUUUGCAUGUGACAUGUGAUCUUUGCGUUGUUGUUUUUUAUCACAAUAUUCAGGGUAGCUAACAUUUUUGUUGCUGUUAUCUAGGAAAAUAUCACCCACAAGGAAUCAGGAACUAUUUCUAGAGAAUUAACGGUCAAUCAAAAGUUAACUUCUGACAUAAAGCGACUUAAACAGGGUCAAAACUUAAACAUGACCCGCAUCUGUAAAUUGAGUCGUUUGGUGUAUCAUUUACUUUGUAAACAACGAGAAGUGACUGAGCAGAACAAACAGUUGGGUUCACUAUUAAAAAUGCAAAGUCGUAGGUAUGUUAUUGCAGUGUUAUCACUCAUUAUUUUUCUCCUAAUUUCAUUUAUUUUGAUUAUUGGUUGUUUUCAAGUUCGCUUCCAUACAGUCGUGUUUUUCUGCUGUUCUAAUUCAAAAUGAAAAUUCGAUUGGUUAUGACACCAGAGAUGUAUAUCAUAAUUGCCCGGAUUAUAGUCAGAUACUGUUGUUUAGAUUGUAACUUUAAAAACAUUCUCCUUAUCUCAACCUAAAAAUUUGGAUAAAUUUGUGACUAUUCGCCAGCAUGCAGAAGUAAAGCAAGUUGUACGUGAGGAUUAGAAUGGCUUCUUUAGUUUAUUAAAAGUCACAAAUGAACUGUAUUCUAUAUUCAUUCAGUCGGUCACAACGUAGAACCUGGUACGUAUGUACAUCGAUUUAAGUCGCCAUAUCACAUCAACAGAGAAAGAUGAAAUUAUCAGACCGAAUUCCAUAGUAGUAGAUAUAGUAACAGUAUCAGUGGUGAUUGAGAAGAUUAGGCAUCAGAGGUACGACUCAAGAAAACAUGAAUCAGUGAAACAACAACAAAACAAAAGUCAUGGAGAACUCGAAAGCUCAGAAUUCGCAGAACGAUAAAGAAUGGAUGUGCCUGCGUUUAUGUGGAGCAUACGUAUUUGGUGCCUCCUUGUACCAAUGUUUAUGUGUUUAAAUAAAUAAAUAAAACUACUCCUACACCACAUAACAUCGAUCGUUAGGGUAGGUGGUUGUUCGGCACACGUAACACAUCCGUGGCAGUAGUUGUAUGUACAUGGUCAUGUGAGAGCAUUUUAAGAGAGCUGAAUCUUCCCACUCUCAGCCGUACCAGGGCACUUGGGGGCUUUUUGAAUCUAACAAAUAUAUGCUAGAAAAUUUUACAUUCUCUCCCCGGAUUAGCUUUUAGGAGAGGUGAAUUAUAACGAGUAGAAUUUGUUUAUAUUCGUCUAUCAAGGCAAUCCAUGCAUAAAAAAUAUUCCAAAUGUCUAAAUAGUGAUUGAUUUUCUCAAAGUAAUGUUUUCAGCAAUUACGUGUGAUGCUGAAUGAUUUGCUAUAGGGUUGAAUCUUGCCAGAGACUGGAGGUACUCUCAAGUCCUAGAAGUUAUGUAACUCAAAUAAUUGACUUUCUAUUGAUGGAUUUUACAAAUUCAAAACUAGUUAUGUUGGUCUCUACACAUGUAUCAUUCAUGUAAGGCACCAUAUUUUUUUCCGUAUCGUCUUUAUGUCACUUAAAGGUAACUGACAUACAUUAUAGACACUGAAACAGUUUCGUUUAUUUCAAACGAGAUUUUUUAUUUUUGUUUUUACUACUAUUAUUUGUUGAUGCUAAUUUUCAGAAUAAAACAGUUAGAAGCUGUUUGUGGGACAAAUAUAGCCAACAGUUCAGAUGGAUUAGAGUCAACAUCGUCGUCGUCACCUUCAUCGGUUGUUUGCACAUCGUCUUCACCGAGCCACUGCAACCAGUUAUCUUCAUUUAAUGAACAGAAUAUCUUAAAGUCUGGUAAUAAAAGAGUUAAAUCUAGUGAUGUUCGUGUUUGUGAUAAUGAAAUUCAUUGUAUGGUGCCGUCGAAAGUACUUUUUUUGUCAGAGAUUGAUUAAAUUUGUUUCAUCGAAAUUGCUUCCUAUUUCUUCUUUUAAAAAAGUUUGUUUCAUUUACCUAUUUAGGUAAGAAAACUCAGUAAAUGCGAUUCACUUUAUUUUAUUUCAUAUCAUUUUCUUUUCCAGGUAAAUUAAUUAGUUUCUUUUGUACAUUAUUUUAUUUACCGGAAUGUAUAUAUGUUACUUACUUACAAUAUAGUUAUCUUUAUUGACGAAUAUUUUUUCGCUUGUGUACACUGUUAUAAGAUAAAGCCAUAUUCUGAUUAUACAUCAAAUUUACAUCAUUUUAUGAAAUAAUUAGUUGCCAUUUAUUCUGAGGAAUUCGAGACCCAUAGUGACGUUUAGUUACCCAACUUAAAGGUCUUUAGACGAAUGUGAAGGUUGUACGAUAAUGUCGUAUCCCAGUGGAUUAACAUUUAGCAUGGUUUUAUAUUUAUUGGCAGUCUGAAAUGAAUAUUACGAAGAGGAUCAGUUUGACUUAAAUUAGUUUUAAAUUAUGUAGUCCUGAAAAAAUGUCCCCGAUAUAAGUAAAGAAUGUUUCUACUGGUAAGACUCAUGGGAGAUGAUUCCGUACAAAUAACCAUCAAAGGGUUGACGCUUUCUUAACAGCACUCCAUUUUCUAAGAUUGUUUCCAUACGAAAAUAAUCGUAGAAACUGGAGUACGUUUCUGAUUAGUCAUAAGUCAAAGGAACAAAGGGUAAGGCGGACAUAUUUCACACUCAAAUGUUACUCGCUUUUUUACUGAUCAACUUUAUUAGUAUGCGCCCCCUUUCCAUAUGAAGUCGAUAAAAGGCUGCACCUAACAAUCCAUAUUUAUUUGUUGAAGUAUUAUUUUAUGAGAAUAGAAGGGUGUGCAUGUUAACAGUGCGAUGGAUGUUUGUCAAAGGACUAUGUUGUCCGAGAUAGUAGUUAACUAUUUAAUUCUCACAGGAAAUAAUGUAGAUCUCAAAAUAAUUAACACGAUUAAUUCUUGUGCCAAAAUCAUUACCUUACCAAUAUUUAAGAAGAUCGCGUUUUUAUUCUGUCACUAAUUGUUUCACUGACCCAAUAAUGUUUCAAUCUUUGCUUUGCACUUUAACUAAUAACUGGUAGUCUACUUCUUACCCAAUAUUAUUUUAUUUAUUUAUUUAUUUGGACACAUGAAUAUUGGUACAAGAGAGCGCCAAUAUAUAUGCGCCACACAAAACAGUGAAAAUUCGAGAGGAAUACAAAGAAAAAAAAGCUAAGGAGCGCAACAAAAAAAAGAGAGAACAAUAACGAAGAGAUUGGUGUAAGGUAAUGUGCUAGUAAUCAGGGAGCGCAAAGGUACAAUCGGAAGAAAUCUUUCAGGUAAGGGAGACACAACCACUUUUUAUGAAGAAAGUAAAAGGUUACAGCAGGAUCGCCACUGGCUUCUAUUCUGAGCCAUAUCUGAUAACGUCUCUAGCCACUGUGUAGCACCAUCUCUCAGACCCCAACCAGGGAGUCGUGAAGGACCAACACAAGCCAGUUCUUUGCAGCUUUCUUUCAUGCCCCGACACCAUGUCAUGCACUGACCACCUCUCCGCUUCUUCCAACC